UUGGAUCUGACCUCUCGUCCCCGGUUCCUCUGUGCUGCCGGCGUCAACACAUCGCACCACAGUUGAGUCAGGUUAUUCCUCCCGAUCUCCUCCCUUCCUAUAACCUCCAGUCCUCCUCGAUCUCGACCUCCUCGCUAUCCUCUGCGCCCGCCGACGUGGGCCGCGUCUCCGUAUCCUUGGCCAUGCCGGCGGCGGCAGCGAUGCGGUCUGGCGUCGGCGCCGACGGAGCCGACGGAGUUCUCCUUGCCCAUCAAUCUUGUGUCUGGACCAAGCACGACACCACCUCGGUGUUGAACGCCGUGAUAAUGCUAAUGCCCGCUCGGGCUCAAAUCCCCCUCCCCCACGAGCUCCCCCCUCGACGCGCCGCCACCCACGCUCAGACCUCGCCGCCGCCCAUGGCCUCCCCCGAAGAAAAGAGAAGAGAAGAGACGCAGGGAGAUCGAACCAGCAGAUCUAGUGGCGGCCAGAUCCAUCUGCCACGGUCGCCCAGGGCUCGCGCGCCUCCGACGACGCGGCCGUGCCCGUGUGUCAAGGGCCUGGUCGGAGAUGCUUCUGCUCCGCCAUGGCCAUGGAGCUUCCUCCCAAUCCAAGGUCUUGGACUGGACGGGGACGGCUGCUCUUCCAAGGGCACAAUGAUGAAUUUUAAGGACGAUGCUCCUGAAAAUAAAGACUCUGUUCUCUUAACAAGGAUGAAGUAUAACAGCAUACAAAAACCAACGUGGACAACCCACAUCUGGAUGUCAUGAGCAUGGGCGUGAUGCCUGAAGGAAAUAUGCUCUAGAGGAUCCAAAGAACUAGCUGCACUGGACUCCAGAUCACGGACAGUUUAGUCUUCGCAGUUAAUUAGGAUGGCUAAAUUACAUUUGAGUUUCAUUUGAUUGAUAUUUGCUAUGAGAAUUAUGAAUUUACAUAUUAUACGUAUGGUUUUGAAUAUUGCAAU